GAGAACUGGAGCUGUUUUACCCUUAAUGCGUUGUGUGAACUCUGAUCUUGGUGAGCAGAGCAGCACAGAGAAAGCAAGCAUGGAAGACAGUGUGCUGGGGCCAGUGCUGAUUGGAGUGUUUGUGUUGGUGGCCACUGUGCUGUACAUGAUCCUGAACCCCGUCAACUCUAACGGACAAAAGAAACAGAGCAAGUUCCCCAAGACCCUGAAGGACUCCACUGUCAAAUAUCCACUGCCACUCAUAGAGAAAGAGGAGAUUAGCCAUGACACCAAGAGGUUCCGGUUUGGCCUUUCCUCAUCCUCGCAUGUCCUUGGCCUGCCUGUCGGACAGCAUGUUUACCUUUCUGCUAAAGUCAGUGGGAACCUGGUCAUCCGUGCCUACACACCAGUGUCCAGUGAUGAAGACCAGGGCUACGUCGAUCUGGUCGUGAAGGUGUACUACAAAAAUACUCAUCCUAACUAUCCAGAUGGAGGCAAGAUGUCUCAGUAUCUGGACGACAUGAAAAUUGGAGACACCAUUGACUUCCGAGGCCCGAAUGGAUUGCUUGUGUACAAUGGAAAUGGCAAGUUUGCCAUUCGGCCUGACAAAAAAUCUGAAGCCAAGGUGCGGAAAUUUAAACACGUGGGAAUGAUUGCUGGCGGAACAGGCAUCACCCCAAUGCUGCAACUGAUUCGCUGCAUUACUGCAGAACCCACUGACACCACAAAGUGUUCCCUGAUAUUCGCCAACCAGACAGAAGAGGAUAUCUUGCUAAGGAAAGAGCUGGAAGAGGUGCUAAACAAACACCCCGACAAAUUCAGUCUAUGGUACACGCUUGACAGACCUCCACAAGGAGGAUGGAAGUACAGCACAGGGUUUAUCAAUGCUGAUAUGAUAAAAGACCACCUUCCGCCGCCGGCCAGCGACGUUCUCAUAGUGAUGUGUGGCCCGCCUCCAAUGAUCCAGAACGCAUGCCUGCCGAAUCUCACCAAACUAGGCCACAAAACAGAAAACACUUUUGCCUACUAACUGUCCCAAUGGUGAUGUCAAAUUUUGAAAUGAUGUGAGACAGUUUUGAUUUUUUAAGACAUAUUUCAUGUAUGAUAUAAUGAAUUAAUAAACGUUUUAUUAAUGUUGUUUA